GAAGGUAUACUUGUACCUUAAUUUGGUGACAUUGUUUCAAAAACUACUUAAGUCUCCCAAUUAACCUAGAUUAUAACAUUGCAGAGUGUAGAUCAAGUGGAAUUAGAUAAAUGUUCUUGUCAACUGUCUCAUUGUUUGAACAACGAUUACGUAGAAUUCGUGUUCAACCACAUUGCCGUAGUUGAAUGACACGCUACAGAUGAAAUAAAUUACAAUUCAUUAAUACCGAUAAAACCAAUGUCCCAUAUCUGAGCUGCGUAUGAAAACAGUAACUUGAUACCUAUAUUGAAACUCGAUUCCAAUGCAAUAUCUAAAAACAUGCAUUUCUGAAAUAGAAAAUGAUAAGGGAAUUUCAGUCGGAGCGAGUUGGUACAUCGAUUCGUAUGUGUUAAUCGAGAACAAACAAAUCGGAGUUCGACGUGUUGUUGAACCGCCAAUAGUGAUGUUCAGCUAGUUGGGAAAAGUCGUGACUUCGUGAGCCCGUGCCUUUAGCGUACUUUCUUAAUCUACACAGUUCUAGUUCCUCUCCACACGCGUAAUCCGUCCAACAUAUCCGUCGAAAUUUCAAAAUGAGAAAAUUCACUACGAAAAUAUUUGUCUGUGUAUUGUUUUCCGCUGUUUUUAUAAUUACUUUACACAAUUAUCACAUACAACAGAGAAAUAUUAGUUUACUCAAGAGUAAAGACCGAUAUUUUGAGUUCAAGAAAGCCGGCAUGAAGUAUAUACUGCUUUGGACUAAACAAGAAAACAUACCGUUUGCGUACAUAGGACUAGGGCAAAGUGGAUUUAUUGGUAGAAAUUGUGAAUAUACAAAUUGCAUAGUCAGUGAUAAUGAGAGUGACCUGGGAAGUACUGCAGCAUUCGACGCAGUACUGUUCGCCGGACCUGAGUUGAUAGGAACGUUCGUUUCCUUACCGGAGGAGCGACUGCCAUACCAAAAGUUCGUAUUUGCUAGCAUAGAGUCACCAGGAAAUUAUCCGUUGUGUCGCCAUAAUUUUAAUGGAUACUUCAACUGGACGUGGACCUAUAAAUUAGGUUCGGAUUUACGAUGGGGCUACAUCACAAUAAAGGAUGCCAAUAACACCAUUGUUGGCCCAAAGAAAGAUAUGAAUUGGAUACCGUGGAAGGAGAUGGAUCCUGUGAACGCGACUUUUAAGAAACAGCUGAAGAGUAAAAGUAAAGCGGUCGCCUGGUUUGUUUCUCACUGUCAAUCUAGAAGUAGACGUGAAGAUUACGCAGCUGUGCUUAAAGAAGAAUUAAUGGUACGAUAUGAUUUAAACAUAGAUGUUUAUGGAGAUUGUGGAUCAUAUUCAUGUCCUCGCGAAGAAGAAGAUAAAUGUAAUGAGUUGAUAGCAAAAGAUUAUUUCUUUUAUCUAUCCUUUGAAAAUGCUUUCAGUGAAGAUUAUGUUACAGAGAAAUUGUUGCAUCCCUUGCAAAAUAAUGCUGUACCCAUUGUUUUUGGAGGAGCUAACUACAGCAGGUUUCUGCCAGAGCAAUCAUAUUUAAACGCCAGAGAUUUUACAACUGAUGAGCUAGCAGGAACUAUACAUGAUUUAAUAAACAAUCCUGACGACUACGCCGAGUAUUUCAGAUGGAAGAAAUACUAUUCAUACCAUAAAACAACGAAGGUAAAAGAAACCAAUGAAUAUUGUCAGAUGUGCGCUGCGCUUAAUGACGAUAAACUUAUAGAAACAACAUCGGUUUACAAUUCCUUCAAAGAGUUUUGGGAAGUUUAUACUUUUUGUUAACCGAAAACCUAAAAAGGAGGAGAUUCUCAAUUCGAAUUUUGUGUUUAUUGAAGUAAUGUGGCAAUGAGUGAUUUUUUGUGGUAUUCUUUCAAAAUAGACCGGAUAGAGAUGAAUUUUGGGUAAUUUUAACAUCUGUUAAAUCGUGGAUUCUGAUAAAUGAUAAUUUGACACUAUAAUGUUGUUGUGGAUGUGUGUGCAUUGUCAAGUACAAAGUGAUGGUCAUGAGUGAUGUUCAAUUUCCAGUAUUACAGUCGUUGUAUGAAUAGGACGAUUUUUUUAUACUUUGUUACAAAAUAAUAAAUGAGUUUUGAAAAUUGCACAAAACGUUUUUUAUUCCGCUAUAAAAUUGAACGAAAUGGUAAAGAGUAAUAGCCUGAUACAAAACUCAUGCAUGAAAUUGUGUUUGCGAAAUUAUAGUUUUGAUACCAUUGACUUUACAAGUACAUCUUUUGUUUUAAUUUUUUGCAUUAUGAUAUUAUGUUACCAUUAAAAUGAUACAGGGUUAGCAUACACAUCUGCAUUUGAACUAAUGAAAUCUUAUAAAUACCUACACUUGGUUAUGUCAAUAAGGAUGUUGCAAUGUAAGUUAGCUCUCAGGGAGACCAUAUUUGACCAAUUAACGCCUCUGUGUAAGUACAGUCACGCGCAACAAGAUGAAGACCACUUUACAAUGUACAUGUUGCUUUCUGCGGGUUUACUCGGGUCCCCAGAAAAUUAUUUCGCACUCCCACAUAAAUAGUUGUCAACAAUCAUUUCCUAAAUAUCUUUUCUUUAACAAACAGCUCCCAUAAUAUACUAUUAUACUAAAGUCAUUUUAGUAACUCCCUAUAUGUUAUUUUUGUAAGUGUACAUCAUACAUGUUUUGUUAUGCGAGUGUAUUUUUAUAAGAGGUCAACAACCUUUGAUGUAGGUAAUUUUUAAUGCUGACUUUAUCAAAGUUACGAUAAUUUACUUAUAAGCAAUUCCUAAAAAGGUUUUCAAUUCAAUCGCGUUUUGAGUAGUUGUGAACAACAUUUCUCUUAUUUUUGAGGCUUUUUAUAUGCAGUGUAUGUUCUUAUUUUUAAUAUAAUAUAUUUAUUGUAAUUUUAAUAUGUAUUAACAAAGGUAUUGCUUUUCCUACAAUAAUUUAAUUUUUUGAAUGUUUUCCCUUAUAGCUGUAUGUUCAUAAAAACCUAUGAUUUGUACAAUAUACUAAAAAGUAAAAAGUCAUGCCUGUA